AUUGACGUGAUAGAGCAGCUCAGUGAACUUAUCACAGACUGUGAGCGGCCUAAGUUCCGGGUGGACUACAGAUACGAGAAGGCUUUCAACACGUUUUAUAAGUUGCACCCCGAAGGCGUCAGUUGGCAUCAUUCGCGUAUACGUUGCGAGGCUGAGGGAACGGAAUUGAUGGUUCCCGAUAAUCUGGACGAAGCUGACAGCAUACCACUUCUAGUUGCUCCAAUUCAUAACAAAUAUCAAGGGGUCUACGUCGGUAUACACGAUUUGUAUUCAGAAAGAACGUUCGUCACAAUUAAAGGAUAUGAAUUACAAAAUACUAUUCUGGAUUUACUGUGGGAAUUGAGACAGCCGCAGCACAACGGAGGCCGGUGUGUCGCGGCUCGUCGCAACGGUCGUUUGUUUGUCCAUCCCUGUUCAGAACCGAUGCCAUUCGUUUGUAAAAUCAAAGCCUACAAUAUAACAUACUAUCCUGAAUGUGACACUUUUGAUUCUAGCUGGAAGUUAGGACCGAAUGGGACAUGUUACUUAACACACACAGAGCCUCAAACGUGGUACGAGGCGUAUUCGACCUGUUACGCUGCGGGCGGCCAUCUUGCCAUCAUCGAUUCCAAAGAAGAAGGUGAAUACAUCCGCGACGUGUUCAAACAAGCCGAACAAUCCAUAGCUCCCAGCGAAUUCGCAUUCAUUGGCUUUAGCGACUUGUUUCAGAGAUACCAUUAUCGAACUGUUCUAGGAAAUCCAUUAAGUAAGGAUCAGAUAGACUGGGACUUCAAAUGUCCCGGAAAUAAUUCAAAAGACGAUGAACGUUGCGGAAGUUUGCGACGAAGCGGUCUUAUAGCAACAAGCCGUUGUAAUGUACCAGCCAUGUUCUUUUGUGAGAAGCCAGCGGUUGGAUCGUUUAGUAUAAGAACUGGCCUCCACUCUGAAAUGGAAAAGGAACUGACGCGUAGAAAUCAAUUUGACAUUUAUGACGUUUAAUAUAUGACAGCUCCCUUUAGUUUAUUAAACGCUUAGUGAUAGAGCAAGAUUCCAGGUCAGCAGACCUUACUUAGUUUCUGAUGGAAAAAACACAUAUAAUAGGUCAGUAUAAGUGUAUACAGUACAUACAUACCUGCUAGCUUAUACCGACGUCAAAUUCUCAGGUACCAGGUGCUACAGGUAAGUAAAAAGGUAAAAAAAAAAUGCUACAGGUAAGUAAAAGUUUUUGGCCUUUGCAAUGAUCGUCCGCCGCCAGGUUUGCUUGGAGCGGCCACGUUUUCGCUCUCCUUCGGUAGUCCAGUCUAUGGCUUGCUUCGGUAUGUGUUCCGGAUCCCUUCGGAGCGUGUGGCCGAUCCACUUCCACUUGCGACGUCUGAUUUUCAGGUCAAUCGGUAUCUCACCGCAGCGUUCCCACAGGUUAGCCUUGGAAAUUUUUAGGUCCUGGUAAUACCGAGACUACGGCGAAGACACCGAUUGACGAAAACCUGAAGCCGAAUCGAGAUGUCCUCAGUAACCUUCCACGUUUCGCAUCCAUAUAACAGCACGGUUUUGACUUUGGACCGGAAUAUAAUAUCAUACACUAACACUAACCUUCAAUAUACUCGUGUUUUGUCAUCAGAAAAUAAUUAAGGUCUGGGGACCCUGGGAUAUUGGACUACGAUGGUCUUCGCUAAACGCUCACUGAGGCUAUUUUUUUUUUUUGAUAAUAUAAUAAAUAUUUUACAGUAACUUGUCAAUCAAUGAAAAUGUACAGAACCCGAUACUAAAAACACCAUACAUAAUAAUUUCCUAUUACGCAGGGAAAAUCUUCACAAACAAACUCGAUGUAUUUAAAUUCUAUAGUUACAAGAAACCUUAGUCAUAUCUAUUAAAAAAUAUUAAAAGUUUAUUAUAAAUAUACUGAUUUUUUUUACG